UGAAGUAAGAACAUAAGCAAGCGAUAGAAUAUUUUAGAUUACCCUGAAUAGCUUACCCUUUCAGGUCAAAGAUGUGUUGACAAGUGAGUUUUUUUCCACUUCAAUGUCUGUCCUCUUGGCCUGUGGUGGCAGCCAGUGAAUUGUUUCCCCUCUGUCUGAUCCCUGUGUUUGUUUGUCUCUUGCGUUUGGCAUGCAGCAAAAUGUUUAUUAAUAGCUAGUCCACAGCCUGAAUUACCUCCAGCAUGUUGUAUUUUUAGUGGGGGCUUAGGUGUUGAGCAUGAGCAUUUGGUUAGCGGGUUUAUCUGGUGUGAUAGCAUGUGAGGAGAUCAGUCUGGAAUAUGACCCCACAAAUCACCACACAGUGGUGUGGUCAGGGCGAGAGGAUGGGUCCGGCCGUGGAGGCACAGUCACAGAAGGCCAUGGAUUUAGAGCAAAAACAACAGCAGCAGCAGCAGCAGCAGCAGAAGCUGCAGCACCAGCAGUGCUACAUGGAGAAAGGAGUGAUGCUUGAGCCCUUCCUACACCAGGUGGGGGGGCAUUGCUGCGUCUUAAGCCUCGGGGAGCAGACCAUCUGUAAACCCCUCAUCCCCCGCGAACAUCAGUUCUACAAAUGUGUACCUGCUUCCAUGAGGAAGUUUAUCCCCCAGUAUAGAGGUGUGGUGUCAGUAAGCUUUGAGGAGGAUGAAGAAGGUAACCUUUGCCUCACUGCUUACCCCCUCCAGAGUGACCCAGCAGUAGAUCUCAUGUGGGAGAAAAAGAUGGCAUCCUCACCGCUUGUGGAUGGCAAAAAUCACAGCAAAGAUGGCCAAAGCCACCACUCUUGUAAGGACAAGGACAAGAGUGAUCAAAAGCUGGAGGAGGAGGCUGAGGUGUUCUACUACAGACUGGAGCGCAGUCACAGUAAUGCUGUACCCCAGCUCAAACAAAAACCCUGGACGGUCACACUUCAACAGCAGCACCUGCAGAAGUUAAAAGAGGAGGCCAUGCACUGCAACCAAUACAAAUUCAUCCUGCUGGAGAAUCUGACAUGGCGCCACACGUUGCCGUGUGUGUUAGACGUGAAGAUGGGCACACAGCAGUAUGGAGAUGAGGUCACGGAGGAGAAAAAGGCCAGGAAGAAGCGCAAGUGUGAGAACAGCACAGCACCCGUAAUAGGAGUCUGCCUCUCUGGCAUGCAGGUGUACCAGUAUGACACGGGCCAGCUGAUGUUCAUGAACAAGUUUCAUGGCCGCAGGCUGACUGUGCCUGACUUCAAAGAAGCGUUGUUCCAGUUUUUUCACAGCGGACAGCGUCUACGACGCGAACUCUUUGCCCCGGUGCUGCAAAGGCUCCAAGAGGUGCAAGCUGCCCUGGAAGCCUGUGAAUCCUAUCGCUUCUACUCCAGCUCCCUGCUCAUUAUCUACGACGGAGCGCCCCACCAAAAAGGCACUGAGGACGACCUCUCUGUAGAAGAAGAGGACGAGGAGGUGGAGGCUGAACCAGAAAUGGAGGAGGAAGAUGAGGAGGAGGUGGGUGAAGAAGCAGGUGCACUUGGUUUUUCUCGCAGACCCUCCACGUCUAGCGACGGCAGCACCAGUGGCGGGAUCUCAGGUGUCAGCCAGGCUCGCUUGUCCAGCUCGGACCCCCGUAGCCCUUUGGUGGAUGUAAGAAUGAUAGACUUUGCCCACACUACCUGCAGACAUUACGAAGGGGACAGCGUGGUGUACAAGGGCCUCGACAGCGGGUACAUCUUUGGUCUUCAGAACCUGAUCACCAUCAUCUCCGAGCUGGAGAACCACAGCACGGACUGAAGACAGACGUGACACACACACACGUUCAGACACAGAUGCACAGAGCAGGACUGAACUACAGAAGCGGAGAGAGUUUUCUCCUCUCUACUUCAUCAUUAGACCAUGUUGUAGCUGGCCUUUUAUUGGACGCAGUUCCUGUUUCUGCCGUUGGUGCUUCUCAUGUUUCUGUUGUGUGUGUCUGUCUUUGGGAUAUAAAAGAGAUCUGCACAUAACAUAGUUGAGACAUCUGUGUGACUGAUGCAGUGAUUUAACCAUUGUCAUCAUUCUGUUUAACCUGGUUCACUGUUGGGACCAAAAGGGUAGGCAGCAAAUAAAAGCAGUUUGAAGUCACGAGUCAGUAGAAAUGUUUUUCUUACUUCCGAUUCCAAAGAAGGCGUCAGCAUUUUGCACACACAAACACAUUCUGUUGUGUGUUUACACCAGGAUGGGGCAACGUGAGUGAGCGUAUAUGAGGACGGAGUUGAUGGGAGGAAAGGUAGUGAGCCCACCCUCCAUUCUUCUUUAUUGCCUGUUCACUCUGCCAUCCUUUCUUGUUCAUAUUUACUUAAAGAGACUAUAUUCAUAUAAGUAUCAGGGACAGAUGAUAUAGAGUUAGUUCUUUAUUUGACAUAUUUCAUGAAAUAAACUGAAAGUUUAAAAAGAAAGCAAAUGAAGAGUACUACAUUCCAUGUUAUUAAGGUAAUGAUAAUGACAUUAAUUAAAAUUGUUAUUUGAAGUGUUUAAAUACCUCUACCUUGUAUGUAUGUGCUGUCCACAGUCUUGGGGAAGAAAAUAAAAACUUUGGGUUUGUGUUAAAA